AUUCUCACGUACGUCUCCUAUUCCGUCUUGACGAGCGCUGCAUCGCGGUUUCUUCUUGUGCCGCCAGCGGCGGAAUGGCGCGAAUUGGUGGAGAAAACCAUCGAUGCUCCUAGCCCCAUCUACUUGAACGUGUUUAACAAGAAGUCGGCUUAUAGAAGACGCUUGAUCCUUGCUAGCAGCAACCCCGCCUACUACACCAACUACACCAACAAUAAGGUCAAAAUCUGCCCCGAGGACAAGGCAGACAAGGCCGGGUUUAUCGCCGCCAUGAAGCCUAAAUACCCGCAAGACAACACGCGCCGCAAAAUCUUUGGCUUUUUCCACCCAUUUGCUCAUGCUGCUGGCGGUGGGGAACGUGUUUUGUGGGAGGCGGUCAAGGAAACCUUACACAACGACAUCGCCAAUGUUGUGGCAAUCUAUACCGGCGAUGUGGGUGUGACGCCAGAACAGAUACUAGACAACGCAUCACACAAGUUCCAGAUCGAUAACCUCGAUGAGAAACGAAUUGUUUUUGUAUACUUGCAAAAACGCCACUUGAUCACCGCGUUACAUUGGCCACGUUUUACGCUCAUCGGCCAGGCCAUUGGCUCGUUGCUUUUGACCUGGGAGGCCAUAUUCAACCUAUCGCCCGAUGUCUGGUGCGACACCCUUGGUCUUCCGUUUGGCUAUCCCCUUGUCAGCUUGUGCUUGCGGAUUCCUAUCGUCAGCUAUGUACACUACCCGGUCGUCUCCUCCGAUAUGCUCAACAAGUUAAACCUUCUGAACGUGAAAGAUAUCGGCAAAUAUAUCUACUGGUCGGCCUUCAAGUUCUUGUACACGCGCGUGGGGCCGUUCGUGGAUAUUAUCAUGACCAACUCCACCUGGACCCAUGACCAUAUUGCGUCUAUAUGGUUCUUAAACAGCGAUGUCAGGACCGUCUACCCACCCUGCGGGACCGAGGAGAUUAUCCUGCGCAUCCAGAACCAGAAGCCAGCAGCAAAGGAGGACUAUAUCUUGAAAAUCGCCCAGUUCAGACCCGAGAAACGUGAUGCGAUGGUCUUGGAGGAGUAUGCAGCGUUUUUCAAGCAAACCAAGGCGGAUCCGGCCAGGAUUCCGAAGUUGGUGUUACUUGGUUCUACCAGAGGCGCAGAGGACGAGCAGUUAGUGCGCGAGUUACGUGCUCAGGCCGAAACCCUUGCCAUCACAUCCCACGUCCAGUUGGUGGUCAAUGCGCCGUACCUGGAAAUGGUUGCAUGGUUGCGCCGCUCCAAGUAUGGCUUGAAUGCCAUGUGGAAUGAGCACUUUGGGAUCGCCGUGGUCGAAUAUUUGGCCAGCGGGUGCAUUCCGUUGGUCCAUGCGUCAGCGGGUCCUCUCGCGGACAUUGUGGUACCAUGGGACGACAAGAAUCAUCGACUGUCGGAUAAGUUCUACCAAAACCGGACCGGCUUUUUCUUCAGAGCGCGUGUUGACCCGGAUUACCCUGGAAAAACCAUUGUGGAUAAGUCUACGGGCGAAAAUGUGGAGUUUUCCGAGUUGCAUGCGGUUUUUGAGCAGAUAUGUCUGUUGACGGAGGCGGAGCAGCAGCGCAUCAGCGCGCGCGGGAGGGACUUGGCAUUGCACAAGUUUUCGAACAAGGAGUUUGACGACAAAUGGCAGCGAGUGGUGACGGAGGCGAAGGCGUUGGAGAUUAAGAAGAGGGAGUCGAGACAUACUGUGGAUAAGUUGUAUUAG